GACUAUAUAAUUCCUUUAACAAAGCAGAUCUUUGUAUGACUUGCCAAUAAAUAUUUUCUAUCGCUCAAUCUGAGAUAUGUUCUACAUACAUGAUGCUUGAAACUAUUGAUAAUAGAUUCUCGUCCCUAUAGUUUGUUUUCUAUUCUUUUCCUCCUUUUUUUUUUCUUUUUAAUUGUACAAAACAGCAGCAAAUAGCAAAUCUCUAUUCAGGAUGAUCCAGAUUUUGAUCCCUGUAUGGAUGAAUCUGAUCUUCGAAGCACAUCAUGCUUGCUAGCUAGAUCAUAAAUAUGAAAGAAAGCAAGCACAAAAAUAAUCAUGAUCAGAUGAAAAUUUAUGUACUUAGCGGCUGAAGCUCUUUUUCUUGACCACUGGCAUUGACAGGUUCAUAAGCACUGGUCACUCUUUGUCUAUGUCUCCGAACUAACCAAAUCCCAAUGGCAAGAGAACCAAUAAGCAUUGUAAUAAUUAAACCAGUGAACACUGCGAUAUAGUGCUGCUGCCACCAUGUCCUGAAAUUGCUCCAAAAGAAACCAGACGUUACUUGAAUCUCAGUUAGGUCUUUAGAAGAGGGAUAAGCAAAAAGGAAUUUAUGACAUUAGAUUUAACCCCACUGGCCUGCCCUACCCCACAUUUCCCUUUUUCCAAAAGGGUCCAUACCACAGCACCUACCAGGUCCCAACUCCCAACCACUCUGUGCUAAUCUUUUGGCCUAUUUGCUAAGCACACUUUUUUUUUUUGUAAACUUUAUUCCAUCAUCACUCUGGGGAGAGCCCACUCGUCUUUUUCCAAAUAGUACAUUAUUCCUCCACCUAGGGUUCUUACUACUACCGGUAACCAUAUAACAGUACAUGCAUGUGCAUUCUUAAUUUGUAUACCUAUUUUAGGUUCUGGUAGACAUGUGAUGCCUUAAAUGCGCCAAAAGUACCAUGUUUAAUCUCUCUCCUUUGAGGGGUAGAAAGCUGGAAAAAGAACUGCCAGAUCCAUUUUAAACAAGUAGGAAUGUAGGAUCCAAACCCAUAUCUCAAUGCAGCACGUGUGUCAAAGCUAUAGUUAGUGUUAGUUUUAAGACGAGACUUUGUGGAGGAUUUUCCUUUUUUUUUUUAAUUGGACAUUAUUUGUGGAGGAUUGAACCUAUGGGUUUUCUACAAUAUCUUUCGAGGGGAAGGUGAAACAUGUUCUCUGGCACAAGCAUGACUUUACUAAUCCUUGUGCAAUUAGGAGGCUAUACCAUUGUGUUUCAUUUCCGGUCCUAAAUACUUUAGAUAGAGAUGGGUGAUUGAUUACCAUCAUAAAGGCUUUCUACUUGG